ACCUCUUUCUUCCUCCCUCUCCUUGCGCACGCCACUCAUUCUCAGCAAUCUGCGACAGGUACGCAAGAUGGCGUCGUCACUUCGUCCAGCAUCACGGCUGGUUGCGAGACCGAUGACAGCUUCAUAUGUCCUGCGACAAACAGAACGAACACCAUUUCUCCGCGCCACAGCUCAAUUCCAUACCUCGAGACCUCGGAAUGCCCUUCCAGCGGGCCCCCCUCCUUCAGGGUACCGAUUGCCUCGACCAAAGCGAUUUUACGAAGGGGAAAAUGCGGCGGACAAAGCCAGCAACUAUUUUCUACUCACAGAAAUGAUGCGCGGCAUGUAUGUUGUGCUGGAACAAUUCUUCAGAGCACCCUACACAAUUUAUUAUCCUUUUGAAAAGGGCCCCAUUUCUCCACGAUUCCGAGGCGAACAUGCCCUGAGACGCUAUCCUUCGGGCGAAGAGCGAUGCAUCGCCUGCAAGCUUUGCGAAGCUAUCUGCCCUGCUCUAGCCAUUACGAUUGAGGCCGAAGAAAGAGAAGAUGGAUCAAGGCGGACGACCCGAUACGACAUCGACAUGACAAAGUGCAUCUACUGCGGUCUCUGUCAAGAAAGCUGCCCCGUCGAUGCUAUCGUGGAGACACCCAACGCCGAAUACGCUACAGAGAACAGAGAAGAGCUGCUGUACAACAAGGAGAAAUUGCUUGCGAAUGGAGACAAGUGGGAGCCAGAAUUAGCUGCUGUGGCGAGAGCAGAUGCGCCCUACAGAUAGGACCUCAGAAGAACUCUUCCAGGUUGUACAUGUUUCUUUAUGGUCAACAGCGAGGCAUAUGAAAUAUUGCAACUGUGUUGAACUUUGUUCCGCAGAAAAUGGCAUUCCUACCAGAAAACAUGGCAAUCAUUCAUGUGAAAUUACGCGACUCAAUAGUAGUCGGACUUUCCUGCUGGGUCCUAUCCGACCAAACUACUGCAUAGGUAGGGACAGUCCAAAUUCCGUGAUGCUGAUUGUUGUUGACACCGACUAUCUUGCUCCGAG